CUUAAAUAAGAAAAGCUUUAAUUCUGGUGAAAAAUGUUUCUAUUUCCCUUAAAGCAAAAAUGUUUCACAGGGAUAUACACUACCCACAACUUUCCCAAGAGCUGUGAGGUGGGGUCAGGGGAACAGUGGUUCACAUACUCCAAAGGUUCUGUUACUUUUCUCUUUCAAGCUUUCUAAUGAUUGAGAAACUCUUCAUUGUGUGAAUUUAAUUGUACACAUACUUUUUCAAUCCUGUCUUAUUCUCCAAGCUCCAUUCCCCUCCUACCCUGAUCUAUCCAAGGGCUGGUGAAGAAAAUUUCCCAUGGAUACACUACCUGAUGUAGGCUACAGUUCUGAUUCUUUAAUGGAAAGAAAAAUAAAGACAUGCAUAUGCAUGUGCAGUAAGUGUUUCCCAAUACAUGUACAGGCCCUGCCAAAAAGGAAGACGAAGCAUACUUUCAGUUUCAGCCACACAAGAAGGGAGAGGAGAAAAGCCAUGGCUGACAAGGUCCUGAAGGAGAAGAGAAAGCUGUUUAUCCAUUCCACGGGUGAAGGUACAAUAAAUGGCUUACUGGAUGAAUUAUUACAGACAAGGGUGCUGAACCAGGAAGAGAUGGAGAAAGUAAAACGUGAAAAUCCUACAGUUAUGGAUAAGGCCCGAGCUGUGAUUGACUCUGUUAUUCGGAAAGGGGCUCCGGCAUCCCAAAUUUGCAUCACAUACAUUUGUGAAGAAGACAGGUACCUGGCAGGGACGCUGGGACUUUCAGCAGCUUCUCUGGCAAUGCAGGACAACCCAGCUAUGCCCACAUCCUCAGGCUCAAAAGGGAAUGUCAAGCUUUGCUCCCAAGAAGAAGCUCAAAGGAUAUGGAAAGAAAAGCCGGCAGAGAUUUAUCCAAUAAUGGUCAAGUCAGGCCGCACACGUCUUGCUCUCAUUAUCUGCAAUGAAGAAUUUGACACUCUUCCUAGAAGAACUGGAGCUGAGGUUGACAUCACAGGCAUGACAAUGCUGCUACAAAAUCUGGGGUACAACGUACAUGUGAGAAAAAAUCUCACAGCUUUGGAAAUGACUACAGAGCUGGAGGCAUUUGCUCACCGUCCAGAGCACAAGACCUCUGACAGCACCUUCCUGGUGUUCAUGUCUCAUGGUAUUCGGGAAGGCAUUUGUGGGAAGAAAUACUCUGAGCAAGUCCCAGAUGUAUUACAACUCAAUGCAAUCUUUGAAAUGUUGAAUACUAGGAACUGCCCAAGUUUGAAGGACAAACCGAAGGUGAUCAUCAUCCAGGCCUGCCGUGGUGAGAACCAUGGUGUGGUGUGGUUAAAAGAUUCAGCAGGAGUUUGUAGAAACGUAUCUUUACCAACUACAGAAGAGUUUGAGGUUGAUGCUAUUAAGAAAGCCCACAUAGAGAAGGAUUUUAUUGCUUUCUGCUCUUCCACACCAGUUUCCUGAAAGGACUCGCAUUCACUUGGUCACCUCUAGCCCAAAGGCCCUGCCUCUGCUCAAAUAGUUAAGUUUUCUAAAAUAUUUUCUAAAAUGAGAUAUCUUCUUUCAGAAGAGGUUUGGUUCUGUAUUGUGUUGAACAUGUCCUGAUGUAGAACUCAAUAAUUUUUUUCCUAAUGAUCAGAAACAAUGACAGCACCCAAAAACACCAUACAUUUUCAGCCUGAGUACCUAUAGUAGAGUUUAACAUUAGACAGAACUGUUACUUAGUAUCUUUUGAUCCCAGCCUUCCACAUGACAUUCACCACUCUCUAAGUAGCUCUUUGCAGGCCCCUGGCUUCUCGUCAUCAAUCUGGCUGAUUUAUGUGUCCUUCUUUUCUUUCACUUGCCUUACUCCUCCCUUCCAGAUGACUGUCAGAAACUCCAAUUUAGUUAUCUAUAACUUCCAUGUUAAACCUAUCUCCACAUUCUGCUGUGCCAAUCCCAACCACAUCAUAGUGAUCUCCUGAAGAAAAAUAAUUAUCUACUUCCUUAAUUUCACAAAACAUUUGCAGAGACAUCUGUCUCCACCGUAUCUUUCACUUACUUCCUUUUACUAGAACAAGUCUCAGUUAAAGCCUUCAUUUAGCUGAGAUGACUGUGUUUCUAAAUAGAAUUUUAUUAUCAAUAUAUACUUUAUGACCAUUAUAACUGGCUAAAAUGUGUCAUUAAAGAAUGUGUCUGUCAUUAUAUACAGAGUUAUUGCUGCUGCUUUUCUCUUAUGCCUUCCUUUGUAUAAUUUUAUACCUUCAUUACUUCUGUGUCUACUAUGCAGUAAAUUAAUAUUGCUUUUCUUUAAUAUUUCUCUUCUUCAUAAGAACUUUUUCCCUCCAAUAUAAUACACUCAUUUCCUUAUCUACUCCUUCUAGAUUUCUACUUUUGUUCUGUUUUAUGAUUUUUAUAGUUAACUUUUUGUGUGUAAAUAUCUUACUGUCAAUGUUAUUUAAUUUUGAUUAAUUUUUUAUGAAGUAUAUAAAUUGAGAUUUGUUAAUAUAAUUACCUGUAGACUGAGUAUUGCAUAUCCUGGGUUAUCUCAAACACUUGUGUGACCUCAGAUACCACUUGUGUAUGGAAUUAUUACCAUCCCCUGUACAGCUGAGUCUAUUAAAUAUCAGAAUGCAUAAUUAACUUAAAUCACAGUCAGUAAUACCACUUUGGAAAUGUACAUUUAGAUAUUUUGUUUCCAAAUCCCAAUCACUCCCCUCUACCGCAUUCUGCCUUUUCCUUAUUUGCUACUAAAUUUAUGAUUUCAAACAUCACUCAGCUGGAGUAGAAAUAUUAGGGUUUCUUCUCUUUCUUCAGGCAAGAGCUAGUCUUGAGAUUUGAAAUGUGCUUUA